UAAAAAAUGAAAAGUAUUUUACAAGACACAUCAUAAAUAUUCACCUAGAUUUAUGAUGUGUCACGAGUCCUGUUAGUGCCUCCUGUUAUAUGCCUUUUUUGCAAUGUUUUGCUUUCUUAAUAAUUUCUUUUAUUACAGUGUACUUAUGACAGUUGGUAUCAGUAAAUUUAUUGAUUUUCACUGCAAUUAUUAAGGACAAUGUUUUCAGGUUGUGAUUUAGUUCCUAUCUCUGUCUUUUUCUUAUUAUACUGAAUAUCUUUUCCUUUUGCCAUGCAAUGCAAGGGAGGACCUGCAUUGCUGUGUGACAAAAUCAUCAUCAACCUUACUAUUUUACAAAGAUUAUAACUUUUUGUAAAAUUCCACAAAUCUCAAAGUAUCAUCUUGUUUCUUUUCUUGAGAAAGCUCAUACUUGUAUGACCUGUAUAUUCUUAAGUUAUGAAUCAGAUGUUUCUUCUUUUUGGGCAGAGAAACUAUGGUGCUGCUCAAUAAUUUGGUCUAACUGUAAAAGUAAACUAAACUUGUUUCCUUCUGCUGAUGAAUUGGUCAUAACUGAUUUAACUGCCAAUGUGAUGACAAUAACAUUGCCAGACUUGAAGAUGCAAUUUAUCAUAUCUGCCAUUUAAAAUUAUCAUAUUUAAGCUAAAAUUUUCAUAUAUAUACCAACAUACAUACAUACAAAAAUAUCAAUCUUGGUUCUUUCCCAAUUGAACAAAUCUGAGAAUGUUGUUCUGGUUCGCUUUAGUCCUUCGUAAAAUACAUAAAAUGUCUUUGGCAUCUAUAUUAGACUUGUUAAAUAAAGUGUUUAUGUAAUAAUAUCAAAUUCUUUAAAAACACUGAAAAAGGAAAAAGUGACCUGUCCACUGACGAAGCAUAUGGUUGGCAACUAUGCAGAGAAGUGUUUGACCUCACUACAGAUUUUCUUGACGUUUCUCUAUCAACUUGCAUUGCCGUAUCAAAGAAACAAGUCUAUGUUGUGCCGAGUUGUUUCAUGUCUAAAUUGUAUUUAAAUUAAAACUGUGUACACUUAUUAUGAAUUUAUUAUAAUUUUAAAUGCAUGCUUUUAGCUAUUAUCAAGUAAUGUGCUUAUUAAUAUGCUUUUAUUACAAUCUUGUUUGGUGUAAUGUUGGGCCACAUGCUACAUUUAGUAUCCUCAUCAUAAGCUUAUGAAAAUGUCGUAAUGUUACAGAGUUCUAACUUGUAAGUGAACAUGAUUAUAUAGAACUUACUUGUAACAUUAUUAUAAACUUCUUAAUAAUCCUGUGAUGUGUCAAAUUCUGCAUUUGGUAUUAUGUCAUCUCUCAUAAACGUAACUAAUUAAGCAAGUUUAGAUAAUGCAUUCUAUAUUCAAUCUUAACUACAAAAAGUAUUAAUAGUCAUAUUAAUUUAAAAUAAAUUAAGAUAGAAGGAUAAAAAGUUUAUAAGAAUCAAUUUUGACUUAAAGAUGUUGUACAGAGUAUCUUUGUCAAAGGAGUUUAGAACAGUAUUGAGACAAAUUCAUUUCAAUAAUGUAAAAUUUGGAAAUUUAGGAGUUUUGUCAUAUGUCACUGCCAAAAGAUUAUCAUUUGUUCCUUUUUAUGAGAGGGCUCUUCAGUUUCCAGAACGUCUGGCUAUUGUUGACAGAUAUGGAAAGUACACCUAUAGGGAUAUACUGCAUCAGAGUAUCAUCUUGUCUCAAAGAAUAUCCGACCUCCUGAAAGAAAGAGGAAAGAGUUCACAAGAAAGAAUAUCUUUUCUGUGUCAGAGUGAUGCAUCUUAUAUUGUUGCAAAAUGGGCCUGUUGGAUAACUCAAAAUGUUGCUGUUCCAUUAAGUAAAGUACAUCCAACACCACAGCUGCAAUACUAUGUAGAAAAUUCUCAGAGUUCGGCCAUCAUGGUGGCAGAAGACUUAAGAGAUAAAGUGGACCCGAUAUCAAAACAGUUAAAUGUACCUAUUUUAGAAAUAAAACAUCCAAAAGACAUCGAGUUGGACGAAGGAAGAGCAAAGGACUUGAGCAAGUUUCUUCCGGAGACGGACAAGAAUAUCGAGAAAUCAAAUGCAUUGAUUUUGUAUACAAGUGGCACCACUGGACCUCCAAAGGGUGUUGUUUUAACUCACGAAAAUGUGUUUGUCCAGACAAAAAUCCCCGUAGAAUCGUGGGAACAUACAAAAGAAGACGUAAUUUUAAAUUCGUUACCUCUUCAUCACACACAUGGUAUAUUUUAUGCACUUCUUUGCCCAUUAUACAUUGGAUCCUGUGUGGUGAUGCUGCCAAAAUUUGAUCCAAUAGACGUUUGGAAUGAAUUAUUAAACAUAUCUGACGAAAAGCCGCAAGUGAACUGUUACAUGGCUGUACCAACGAUGUAUGUUAAAUUGAUAGAAGCAUAUAAUCAACAGUUUUAUGGAAAAAUGACAAGUAGCGUUACUCCUGAAUAUGUGAAAGCCAUCUGUCUGCAAAAAAUAAGAUUGAUGGCAAGUGGAUCUGCAGCAAUGCCUCAGCCUGUAAUGGAGAGAUGGGAAGAGAUAACAGGACACAGAUUGUUGGAGAGAUAUGGAAUGACAGAAAUUGGUAUGACAUUGUCAAAUCCAUUACAUGGAGAAAGGAUUCCAGGUUGUGUUGGUAAACCUGUCAAAGGUACCAAAGUUUGCAUACGCAGAUCCGAGAAAGAUUCGAAAGAUGGGGACGAGAGUGGUGAACUGUGUGUCAAAGGAAAUAAUGUGUUUAAAGAAUACUGGAAUAAACCAAAAGAAACCAAAGAGUCAUUUACUGAAGAUGGUUGGUUUAAAACAGGAGAUACUGUUGAAUGUAAAAAUGGCAUAUAUAAAAUUUUGGGACGUUCCUCUACUGACAUCAUAAAAAGUGGAGGAUACAAAAUCAGUGCUCUGGACGUAGAACGUCAUCUCUUGUCACAUUCCAACAUUAGAGAGUGUACAGUCUUGGGAGUUCCCGACGACACCUGGGGCGAAAGAGUGGCAGCCGUUAUCGUCACUAAAGACAAAAGUGAAAUGCCUCUCCCAGAAUUACGAAACUGGUGCAAGGAAAGAAUGUCUCCCUAUUCUGCUCCGACUUUGCUUCUUUGUCUGAAAGAAUUGCCGCGCAAUGCUCUGGGAAAAGUGAACAAGAAGGAGUUACUCAAACAGAUUUACCCUGAAUUUAAGAAACAAUUAAUAUGAGAAUUUUAUCAGUAGUAUGAUUAAUUUACUAUCAUCAAGCUGAUUUGAUGACCAGAAAUUAAAUUAAGAGUCUCAGUCAAAUGAAAACCUUAAAAUAAUUGUUUGGUUCCCUUUAUUUCAAUAUAUUUCCUAUACUUGCUACAUUCAAUACAUCCCUGGCAUUUCACUAGUACUGUACCUGGAUUUUCUGUGUGAAGCCAUUGUGCAUUGCCUCUUAAACUUUUGUUGACUUGUGAGUGAAAUUGAGGGAAGCAGGGGUCCAAAAAUAUUACUUGAAGCAAAAUCCGGGAAUA